ACACCUGUCAAAGCUGCCAAAAUAUGCAAAAAGGAUUCGAAGAAAAAGUCCAAGUUCAACACAAAAAGAAGCCUGCGGCAGGAAAAUUCUCGCCAAAUUACGUGAAAAACUCGUCGCACCGCUCCGAGUGCUGGUCCGUUCGUCGCCGGAAGUCGUACGGCGCACAGUAAACCCAGUUCCGUUGGGGUUCAUCGCCGAGAAGGUUCCGUUUUCGCCAAUUACGUGUUGGGGGUUUGGGGCAUCAGGAAGAUCGAAAAAAAAGUCACAAAAUUUCCCGUUGCUCAGCACUACUCAUACUCUCCUCGCCAAAAAAACGAAAAGAAAAGCAAAAGUUUGGCGAGUGAAAUUGGCGACGACGUCUCGAAGUUGCGAGGAAUUGAUUUGGUUUGUUUGAAAAAAGUCGCUUAGUUUUAAGCCAUGGCAAAGGACAACAACAACAUCAACCUGACGGAUGAACUGGCCAGCGGAGCUGGCGGUGGCGCAGGUUCGUCAUCGUCGGCCGAGGCACUUAAGCAGCACAACAGCAGGCUGGUCAGCGGGGAUCAGCAGCCGGAUUUGAACGGGAGGACUAACGGUCAGGGAGGAGGACACUCUGCGGCGGUUGAAGGAACCAGCGAGUCCUCACAGCAGAGGGAGUCGGACGGGGUGGGAGCGAUUCACGAGCUGCCCCGUCGGGAGGAGAAUCCGUUUUCCUUCAAGCACUUUCUGAAGCGCGAUUCCUCGCUCGGAGCCGGAGCUUCAUCCUCAAAUGCCGCAGCAGCUAACAUAAACCACAGCCGGAGUGCGUCCAGCAUAAACGGGGGCAACGGAGUGGCCACCGUAACGACCUGCACCGCCACAAUUUCGUCAUCCCAGCCGUCGACGAGUGGCGCCUCGCCGUCCAAAUCGGCCACGACCAGUUCGCUGCACAACAGCACGAGCACGACCGGGGCCAAACCGAAAAUUCCGCAGUUCCAGUCGGUCAACACGCUCAGCAGCGAGUCCAAGAUGAAGCGUUCGCCCCGGUUUCCGUCCUUUGAUUCGCAGUCCAGCUUGUCGGACUUGGCCGACGACAAGUUUAUGGCGGCGAACAUCUACCACAGCCGGAGCAACAACUCGUCAUUUAGCUCGGAUUACCCGCUGGGCGGGGCCGGGUCGGGAGUUGGCGCGGGAAGCGGCGUAGGGGGCGGUUCACAGCAGUACGUGCAGCGGUCUUACUCAAACUACGACAUGGAGAGUCCGGGGUCGGCCGAGUCCCCGCGACUCGUCGGCUCGCAGAAUCUUCACAACUCGCCAAACUACGGCGGAGGCGGCCGGAGUCGGGAAAAUCUUGCCGCGGGUCAUCGCCUUGGUGCGUCUGAGUUUUCCGCGGCGUUGCCCGACUUCGUCCAAGACCACCUGGUCAUGGAGCAGUGGUACAAUCAGAUGGGUUCCCCGAAAAGUGGCUCCCCAGUUUCGGUAGACUUUGACCAUCUGCCAGACUUUGCCGUCAACAAUCUAGAACCGGACGCGACUUCCCGCGGCCACGGCCCCAUCAUCAACGACAUGCCGUUCGACCUGACGGCGGCCGUCGCCGGCCCCAGCAGCUCCUCGUCCGCCUCACACCGGACAAACCGGACUCCACUGCGCAACACCUCACCGAACGUCCCUCAAAGACGUCCCACGCCGCCGUCGGCGGCCGCCGCUCCCGAUCUCCCACCAGAUCUGACCGGCACCGGUAGCUACUUCCGCGACGCCCACUCGCCACCCCCGACUGGAUCCACCGCCGACAAAAUCCACCGCCUGCCGGACUUUCUCUCGGACGGGCCCAUCCACUCGAGCGGACGGCUGGCGGACGUGACGCAGCACGACACGCCGCCCCACUUUAACUCGCCGGACGCGGACGCCAGGGCCGAGAACGAUCGCCUGAGGCGGGACCUGGACGACAGUCGGCGCGUCGUGGCCGAGCAGGCGCGCCGGAUAGCCGAGCUGGAGCGGGCGCUGGAGGUGGCCAAAAGUAGCGCCCACCGGGUGGAGGGGUUCGAGGAGAAUCUGGACAAGAGCUAUCUGAGGGCAGCAACUGCGGAAUCUCAAGUGCUAAAUCUGAGGCAGAAAAUGAAGAAGCUGACCAGCGACAUGGAAGCGUUGCGGCUUGAGAACGAAAUGCUGAAGGAGGAAGGUGCCGUGGGCGGUGCCUCGGGUGGUGACAAUGCCGGCGCAUGUGGCGGUGGUCCGGGCCCGUCCGGAAUUCGCACUUCCGGCGGGAUGGGGGGCCCUUCGCGACGUGGUCACUCUUCGUUUUCGCGCGCCCAGGAACUCUCGCGGGAACUGCGCCAGGCGGCGGCAUCGGCGGAGAAUAAUUUGCGGCAACUGCUAACCGGCGUCGACAAUCUGCGCAUGAUGGCCAGCACGAUCGAGAACAUUGACCGCAUCGACAUCACGACCCAUCCGGAGGAUUUCCUGUCGGAUAGCGACGACGACGAUCUGCUGGGGCCGGCCCUUUAAGCUCGCUCGAAUUGUUUCUUAGGUUUUUGCAUGUGAUUUUGUGUCUUUUUUUUUUCUUAGAGGCCACUCCGACGGAACAGCGAGAGUCGGCCAGUCGGCGCGCCCUUUAACCCAAUCCGUAACGACCAUAAAAAUUGAUUCAUAAAAUAAUGACUUAUCCUGUGAUGUAUGUUUUGUUUUUUAGUUUAGUUAUUUUUUUUACGAUACGAUUGGCCACGCGCAAGCUAAAUUAUAUAUAUA